ACAUGAUAAGAAGUUGUGGGGAGGUUGUUCGACACCACAAUUGUCUUCAGACUCUCCAUUUGAACUUACUUCUCCUAAGCAACAAUUUGGAGUGACGCUUCAACAUAUCAGGGAUAAUUAUGAUGUUACCAUCCCUCCUAUAGUUAAACAGUGCGUGGACUUUUUGGAUACACCAGACGCUUUAGAAACUGAAGGUUUGUUCAGAAGGUCUGCCAAUGCCUUGAAAAUAAAGAGCUUGAAAGAAAUGGCCAAUAAAGGUCAAAAAGUGAUAUUUGGAGAUCCACAUGAAGCUGCGGUUUUAUUGAAAAAGUUUCUACGGGAGCUGAAGGAGCCUUUACUUACUUAUGAACUUUAUGAGGAAAUUUUACAAUUUCAAAGUGAGUUGAUCAGUUAGCUGUAAUAACAAAAUAUUCUGUAUUGUUACUCAGUAGAGAAGUUGGGUUUGGA